AUUGCACCUGAAGACUUGCCUUCUUUCCCCAGCUCCAUGUGUUCCUCCUUUUCUACUGUUUCUAUCUUGAUACUUCUGCAGAUCUCACAUGCAACAAGUAAAUAUUCAAUCAGACCACCAAAUAAUCCUGUGAUUGGAUACCUUGAAAAGGACAUAAUCCUGCCAUGUUUGGUACAAACUCUGGAGCCACUUGCCAAGGUCAACAUCAGAAUUCAGUGGAUCUUAGAAAAAUCAGAAAAAAUUAAAGUGAAAAACUAUAACAGAAAUGAUGGGGAAACACAGGAUAGAAGAUAUCAGGGUCGAAUGGAGCUCUUUGCUUCUGAGAUUAAUAAAGGCAACCUGUCCCUGCUUCUGAGGAAUAUAAGUCUCUUUGACCAGGGACUAUACACCUGUAAGAUCUACCUUGACGACUGGUAUGAUAAGGUGGUGAUUCAGCUAGUUUUAGCAGCAAAUGGAGGUGACCCCACUAUUACCUUGUUGGAUUACAAUUGCCAAGGUAUUGGGCUCACCUGCAGCUCUGAGGGGUGGUACCCAAGACCUCAGGCUCUCUGGCAAGACAGCAAAGGGAAAAACCGGACAGAGAAGUCGGCCAUAGCAAACAAGGAGGCCGCAGCAGGAAUCUUUCAGGUUUGGGGUUCCAUUACACUCCAGCCAGAAGUGGAUAGCGAAGUCUCCUGCAAAUUCAUCAACGGCCUAGUAAAGAGCGAGAGAGAAUCCUGAAUCCUCAUUUCUGGUGAGUGGGG